CUCACUAUGGAGAUGACUCCAGCUGUGUAUAAAAGAAGCAUUUCCAAGCUCAGUUAAUCCAACCAAAGCAAUUUACAUCUUCUUCUCAAUUCCUCUCCAACAGCCCAAGAUCACAGUCAUGUCUGCAAGCAAAGGAGGUUCACACCAGCAGUCCAAAGGCCAUGACCAUGCUGAGGAUCAUGUGAAAGAGGCUCAUCAAGAUAAAGGUCAUGGGGGUCAAGAAAAAGGCCACGAGGCUCAAGAGAAAGGUCAUGGGGGUCAAGACAAAGGCCAUGAAGCUCAAGAAAAAGGUCAUGGGGGUCAAGAUAAAUGUCAUCAAGGUCACAGUGGAGGUGAUGGAAGUCAUGAUAAGAAAGGCCACGAUGACUCCAGCAAAGGUCAUGGGGGCCAAGAUAAAGGUCAUGGUGGAGAUAAAGGAGGUCAUGAUGAGAAAGGUCAUGGGGGUCAUGGAGGAGACAAUAAAGUUCACAAAGGUCCAGCUAAAAAGUGAAGAUUUCAUAAGUGAAAAUGAUUCUGCUCAACCCACGCUAA